CUAGACACCCUCUCUUCCUACCUCAAAGCCACCAAUAAAGACGGCGUACACAUCCUCGAAGCCACAGCGACCUGGUGCUCUCAAUGCAAAGCCAUCGCGCCCUUCAUCGCCUCCCUGGAGAAGAAGUAUCCCGAGGCGAACUUCUACACCUACGACACGGACACCGCGGGUGAUAUCGCACAGGAAUUGGGCGUGAGCCAGAUGCCAACGUUUCAUGUUUUCAAAGAUGGAGAUGUGGUGGGGUCUGUGAGUGGA